AAAUCUUAUUUACCCCACUAACGGUGUAAGUGCUUGUAAAUCUUAGUGGGUUAAUACUAAAUUCGAUCUAAAAAUGUCAACAAAUAUGGAAGGUGAGGAGGAGAAGCAACAGGAUUUGGAUUUGGAUAGUGUUUUGCGUGAAUUAGGACAAUUUGGAAAAUUUCAGUUAAUUAAUUAUUUGUUUAUAUGUUUGCCGAUUUUAUUUUCGGCUAUUUUCACACUCAGUUAUGUUUUUACUGCUGGACAAGUCGAAUACAGGUGUUUGGUGCCAGAAUGCGAACAAGUAACUUUCCAAAACAGAUCAUCCUUUCUGAUAGCCGAUGAAGGGAAAUUUGAACCCUCAUGGAUCCAAAACGUAUUGCCCUUCGAUGCAGGUGGCAAAGUGUCUCAGUGUACGAGGUACAAAUUAUCAGGAUAUAAUUUUAAGACAGAAACAGAACCAAUACCAUCGCCCAUCAACCAUCUGCAAGAUCUUCAAAAUAAGCCAAUUCAAAAUGAUGAAUUACCAAACAUUGAAGACAAAAAGAAAAGUUUCCUGAAAGACAACACAAACCAGUGUUCAUCUUUGCAUCAUCCGACAAACGAGACAGAAAGCUGUGAUAUUUUGGUGUACAAGAAUGGUGAAAAGACCAUCGUCAACGAGUUCAAUUUAACGUGUGAAGAUCAGGAAUGGAAGAGGACGUUGAUAGGCACUGUCAAUAACAUUGGCCAGUUUGUUUGUUUGCCUUUAUCUGGGUUCAUUUCUGACAGAUAUGGUAGAAGAACAGUCCUGGUUUUCGGCAUAGUCAUUUCUGGUGUCAUGGGAAUCAUCAGAUCCUUCUCUACCAGCUAUAUCAUGUUUCUGAUCUUCGAAUUUUUAGAUCCAGCUUUAGGAUCUGGUGUCUACAGUGCCGGAUUUAUUUUAGGUAUGGAGUUGGUUGGCCCCAAAAAGCGUGUUUUGGGAGGUGCUAUAAUAAGCUGUUGCUAUGCUUUGGGUGAAGCUGUUUUAGGCUUGGCAGCUAUGUGGCUGCCUGAUUGGAGGAUUUUGCUAAGGGUUCUUUACACACCUGCGUUACUGUUUGUGGUGUAUCCCUUGCUCAUUCCAGAGAGCGUCAGGUGGUUAAUGCACAAGAAACGACACAACGAAGCAUUGAAAAUCAUAAUGAGGUGUGCCAAAACAAAUGAUGUUGUCUUAAGCGAAUUGGCACUCGGUGUACUGACUCCUAAAGAAGAGGAAGCUCUCAGGAAAAAUAGCUUGAAGCAAAACGACGAAUGCACCUAUUUAAAUCCGGACCAAAAAUAUAACAGAGGUUAUCAGACAGAAAAGCGUCUAAUAAGCAACGGCGUCGACACCGCCAACAACCACCAGCAAUUUUCUUCAGCAGGAAGCCAAAAAAUUACCAAAAAGGCAAACUAUCCAAUUUUAACAGUACUAAAAUCCAAAUUCCUUCUCCUGCGAGUUGCUAAUUGUUCCUUCUGCUGGCUCACGAAUACUUUUGUGUAUUAUGGAUUGAGUUUGAAUUCUGUUGCUGUCGAUGGGAAUAAGUAUUACAACUUUGUGCUGGUGUCUCUGAUCGAAAUACCAGGAUACAUCUUCACAUAUCUCAUAUCGAAUAAAUUUGGUCGAAGAAGUUCACUUUGUGCAUCUUUGCUUAUUAGUGGGUUGUCCUGUGUAGUCUCAAAUUACGUAGAUGCAGAGACGGCUUGGUUGAGACUAACUCUAUACCUGUUGGGCAAAUUUUCAAUAACAGUCGCCUUCACUGUAUUAUAUGUAUACACUGCCGAAUUGUUUCCAACAUCACUUAGGCAUUCACUUUUGGCAACAUGCUCGAUGUUUGGCAGAAUUGGCAGCAUGGUUGCACCGCAGACACCACUAUUGGCUCGUUUCAUGCCAUCACUGCCAAUGCUGAUGUUCGGUGGAUGUGCCAUAAUUUCUGGACUUCUGAUACUACAGUUUCCAGAAACCUUGGACACGAGACUUCCUGAUACUGUUCAGGAAGCUGAAGACAUCGGCAAGAAGAAGUCUGAUGUUGUAGUUUGAUAAAUGGAGUUAAAUUUAUAAAUUUUGUAUGAUAAUAGUUGU